UUAAAGAAAGCAAUGCAGAUGGAUAAGCAGAUGACCGGCCGCCCCGGCGUGAAUCCAUCCAUCUAAAACCCCUGACCCGAAGCUAGCAGAGUGGCCGGAGGCACCAUGGGGCUGUGCUCGUCGGUGCUGCGGCGGAGGGCGAGGAACCGGCAUCCGGAGCCGAGGCGCGGCACGCCGACGGCGAUGUACGUCGUCAGAGGCGAGGGCGACCGCCGACCGGAGCCGCUGGUGCUCCGGGUGCAGGACUCCGGCCGAACGCAGCUCCAGAAACCGCCUGCCAAUGUGGCGCCCAGAAGGCACGAGAGAUGCAGCCGGCAGCAAGGCGCGGACGCGCCGGACAGGAUGGUCUCCUGCGCUCAUGCUCCUCGGCUGGGUACUACCAGAAGCGCCGCAGGGGUCGAGCCAAGUGCACAGCCGUCCACGCUCAAGACGACGACGGCGACGGCCGGCCGAGGGAACCCGAUGACGCAGGGGCGGUACGGGACGCCGUCGACGGCACCACCGACGACAACGGCCUCGCCGCUCAUAGUGCCAGGGACGCCGGCGUCAGCGGCGAUGACGCCGGGGCGGCCGGUGUGGCGGAGGAGGAUACUGAUGGGGAUGCGGUGCGAGCUGCCGCGCUUCAGCGGCCUCCUGCUCUACGACGAGCACGGCCGGCCGGUGCACAUCGCCACCCCGGGCCGAAGGAACCACCGCCAGGGGAAGAAGAAGGCUGCCAGUGCCAGGACACCUUCCACCACAACUCUCAGGGACCUCCAAUAGUUAGUUUGUUUGUUGCGACCAGUUGAGAGAAUCUGAAGGAAUGCUCUGCUGUAAAACAACAAACACAAGUCAUGUGCAUAUGUGAUACUUAUA